AUGUCAAAGAAACGCACGCUGGACGCCUUCUUCAGCUCGACGUCCAAACGGGCCAAAUCUCAGGCGGACAACGAGGGGCCACCCCCCGACAUCGCCGUCGGCAGCUCGACACACCCCCGGUACCCGUUCCCCAUCGCCAAUCUACCCCCGUCGCUGGGCGGCGCCGCCUCGUCGCCGCCGGCGCGGCCCGCAAAGGCCGUCGACGACCAGCCGGACCUCGACCUGCUCUGCUUUGAGCCGUACAUGCCUGCGUCCGUGGCGCGCGGCAUGUUUGAGUUUCUGCGCGCUGAGCUGCCGUUUUAUCGUGUCGAGUAUGACAUCAAGAGGGGAGGUGUGCAGACGCGCAUUCGCACGCCGAGAUGGACAACCGUCUUCGGCUUGGACGACACGGCGUCCUUUGACGAGGCCGGCUGUGUCGUGGACAAGGCAACGGGCACAAAGGCAGCCGACAAGCGCUACGACCGGUAUCCCCCGCGACCCAUCCCCGCGUGCCUCGACGGCCUGCGCAGAUCCACGGAGACGGCCACAGGGUGCAGCUUCAACUUCUGCCUCGUCAACUACUACGCCUCGGGCUCCGACAGCAUCUCCUUCCACAGCGAUGACGAGCGCUUCCUCGGCCCCGACCCGGCCAUUGCCUCCUUCUCCCUCGGUGCGCGCCGCGACUUUCUCCUCAAGCACAAGCCGCCCCCGCCGUCCAGCUCCGGCGGGCGUCCGGCAGAAGCCCCGGCGGCAGCGAAGCCGUUAAAGUUCCCGCUCGCAAGUGGCGACAUGGUGCUGAUGCGCGGCAGGACGCAGUCCAACUGGCUGCAUUCAAUCCCCAAGCGGACUGGCAAGAACGAGGAGGACGGCGGCAGGAUCAACAUCACCUUUCGCAGAGCCAUGGUCAAGGACGGGACUGAGAAUUACUACAAUUACAACGUUGGCGGCGGUCCCGUGUAUCGCUGGGACAAGGGAAGCCGCCAGAUGACUCUAUGGAAGUCGUGA